CCUUUCUCUCUCUUUCUGUCUCUCUUUCACCCACUCACUUAUUGUGUGCCUCUCAUCAUCACCAUGGACAAGACAUCAUUCUCCAACAACGAAGGAAAACCCAUCAGAUGCAAAGCAGCAGUGUGUAAAAAAGCAGGAAAAGCUUUGGUCAUAGAAGAGAUCCAAGUUGAUCCACCUCAAGCUUACGAAGUUCGGAUCAAGAUUUUAUGCACUUCUCUUUGUCACACUGAUGUUACUUUCUGGAAAAUAGACAGUGGACCGCUUGCAAGAUUCCCUAGGAUUCUAGGACACGAAGCAGUCGGUGUGGUCGAGAGCAUUGGAGAAAACGUGGACGGAUUCAAGCAAGGCGACGUUGUAUUGCCAGUGUUUCAUCCGUACUGUGAAGAAUGCAGAGACUGCAAAUCUCCAAAGAGCAACUGGUGCGCGAGAUUCGCCGACAGUCCCUUAUCAAACACGAGACGAUACGGGAUGGCUUCUAGAUUCAAAGAUUCCACGGGAGAAGAUAUCCACCAUUUUCUCUUCGUCUCGAGUUUUUCUGAAUAUACCGUCGUUGAUAUCGCACAUCUCGUCAAAAUCUCUCCUGAAAUCCCCGUUGAUAAAGCUGCUUUGCUUAGCUGUGGUGUCUCCACCGGAGUUGGAGCAGCUUGGAAAGUGGCUGACGUGGGAGAAGGCUCUACCGUUGCAGUUUUUGGCCUUGGUGCUGUUGGUCUUGCGGUUGCAGAAGGAGCCAGGUUGCGUGGGGCCGCGAAGAUCAUCGGUGUUGACCUCAAUCCUGAUAAAUUCGAACUAGGUAAACGUCGUGUGAUUAAAGAAAUGACAGGAGGAGGAGUUGACUACAGUUUCGAGUGCGUUGGAUUAGCUUCUUUACUAAACGAGGCUUUCAUGAGUACCCGCACGGGAUCAGGAAAAACGGUAAUGUUGGGAAUGGAGAAGCAUGCAGCGCAAAUAAAUUUGGGUAGUUUUGAUCUUCUUAGAGGCAGAAGUAUUUGUGGAAGCUUGUUCGGUGGUUUGAAAUCUAAAGUGGAUAUUCCUAUUCUCGUGGAUCAUUACCUAAAAAAGGAGCUUAAUCUGGAUAGUUUCAUUACACACGAAUUGAAUUUUGAGGAAAUCAACAAGGCUUUCGAUUUAUUAGAGGAAGGAAAGUCUCUCCGCUGCAUUAUAUGGAUGAAUAAGUAAUUAAAUUGCUA